GGCCAUUUUCACACGAGCUGAUGAUAUGGUAUUGUGCUAAAGACACCCCCGAGAUACCCUUUACGUCUAAGUCUUUUGACCAAGGCAUUUAUGUGGCAUACAAGACCGGUGCUUCACCCCCACUGGUGGCUGUUUGGGACCGAGACCCCUCUACUAAAGAAGACAUCGCUCAAGCGCAGCCGCCCGCAGAACGGUACCACGGUGCAGUGGUACCAUCAACGAUUGAAGGCAUGAGCCCGGCACGCCAUCAUCAAGAGAACGGCAGAGCAUGGCCCAUGGUGGAAGGCAAGGCUUAG